AUGCUGGAAGCUUUCGAAAUCCUCACCACCUCCGGUGUGGUGCUGUGGUCUAAGUCUUACGCACCGGUGGGGUCUCAUGUCAUCAACAGCCUGAUCAACGACGUUUUUAUCGAGGAGAAGGUCGUGCCUCAAGGCGGCUCAAAUGGCGGCUCCCCAGUCUUCAAGAAGGAGAAAUAUACGUUGAAGUGGAAGAGGGUGAAGGAGUUCAAUCUGAUCUUUGUGGCUGUCUACCAAUCACUACUUCACCUCGGAUGGAUCGACAGACUCCUGGAGAACAUUUCGACGAUCUUUAUUGACCUCUACAAGGAGCAGCUUAAGGGGAACCGCGCGAGAAUUACUGCGUACAAAUUCGACCCGUACUUCGAGCAGCAGGUGCGCGAGCUGGAGGACAAUACCGGCAGCGUUGCAGAGACAUAUCCUGCGGAGACCGAAAAGAAAGACCCGUUUGUCUCGUCGGACAAUGGCGGCCCGCCGCCACCCCCCGUUCCUGGCCUCAUGAGAGCGCAGCCUCAAGCUGCGCUGACCGGGGCGACCUCUGACGAGGGCACACCACCAGCAACUCCUGAUUUCUCUAGAUCUUCGACCCCUGCCGGUCAUAUCCUCACUGGAAAGGCUGGCCCUGGAGGUCGACUCUCUCGCCGUGCGAAGAAACUCCAAAAUGCAAGUGCCAAUGCUUCCUCUGGCGAUGAAACUCCGCGUAAAGGCAAGACUCCCAAAGGCUCUGCGAAGAAGGGCCGUAAAUGGGACGCAGAUGGGUAUGCAGAUGAAGAUGACGGUGAGAUCUUGGACUACUCUGCUCCUGCAGGUGAGACUGAAAUCGCCGCUCCUGCUGUUGAAGCCAUCUCCCAGGAUGACUGGGGUCGCCGAACUGGCAAGGGCCAGUUUGUUCUGAAAGAGCUUGGCGAUGAAGUGCACAGUAUCCUGGAUAACGCCGAUGCUGAGAAGAGCAAGGGUAAUUCUUCUUCGGGUAUUGUCGGCUCUGGUUUCAAUGCCGUUGGUGGCUUCUUCCGCAACAUUGUCGGCGGCAAGACGUUGACUGAGGCCGACCUCCAGAAGCCCCUCAAGGCGAUGGAGGAGCAUCUGUUGAAAAAGAAUGUCGCCCGCGAGGCUGCUGUCCGUCUUUGCGAGGGUGUUGAGCGUGAGCUGGUCGGAAAGAAGACCGCCAAUUUCCAGAGUGUCGACGCUGCUCUGCACAUUGCCAUGGAGGCAUCUCUACGAAAGAUUUUGACCCCCACCUCCUCCUUGGAUCUAUUGCGUGAAAUCAACGCUGUGACUGCUCCGACGACCAAGCAGCACGCCCCUCGUCCCUACGUUAUGUCCAUCGUGGGUGUCAACGGUGUCGGCAAGUCUACCAAUUUGAGCAAGAUCUGCUUCUUUCUCCUACAGAACAAGUACAAGGUCCUCAUUGCGGCUUGUGAUACCUUCCGUUCUGGCGCCGUGGAGCAACUUCGUGUCCACGCACGCAACCUGAAGGAGCUCAGUAACCGUGAUGGUGCUGGCGAUAUUGAGCUCUACGAAAAGGGCUAUGGCAAAGACGCUGCCAACGUGGCCAAGGAUGCAGUUGAAUACGCCGCUGCCAACAAAUUCGACGUGGUCUUGAUCGACACUGCCGGUCGUCGUCACAAUGACCAGCGCCUCAUGUCUUCCCUCGAAAAGUUCGCCAAGUUCGCUAAUCCCGAUAAGAUCUUUAUGGUUGGUGAGGCUUUGGUAGGAACAGACAGUGUCAUGCAGGCACGUAACUUCAACCAGGCGUUCGGAGCUGGUCGGAACUUGGACGGCUUUAUUAUUAGCAAGUGCGAUACAGUGGGCGACAUGGUUGGCACACUGGUUAGCAUGGUCCACGCCACGGGCAUUCCUAUUGUGUUCUUGGGUGUCGGACAGCACUAUGGAGAUUUACGUGGUCUGAGCGUUCCCUGGGCUGUCAGUCUUUUGAUGAAGUGA